AUGCAACCCGAGUCUACUGCAGUAUCUCAACAUACACCCUUCUCGGAAUCGCCUCGUACAAAACCCCUCGAUCCUAUCCAGCAUGGACAUGACUUCUGUGGCGAUGACCUGGUCUCUGACUCUCCCCAUCAUGGGGAGGCUGGAGACCGUCCAGAAGUCGUCCCUCCGAGGAACGGGGCAGAUACGCCCCUGAACGAAUUGGAAGACAAUAUGGCUUCUUCGUUGUCGUCGCAGCAAACGCAAAGCAAUGAAUUCAAUGUGCUCGAUUUGUCGCAUCUGUCGUCGGUAUCAUUUGAGGAUUUCCCCAAUGAGGUCUUGACGCACAUCUUGUCCCACCUCCCCCCUCCGUCGCUGUCGUCGAUCGCAUUGGUCUCGCGCCGCUUCCACACUCUAGUCACUACGCCCCAUGCUUGGAGAAUCGCCUUCUCCCGCUACUUUCCUGGGCCCAGCAACGAUGAGAUUAGCAGUCGGGUCGAGGCCUCACAGCGGUCGGAACAAUUUGUGUCGGAUAAACGGUACUUUACUCGGUUGACUGCGCUAGCGUCCUGGCGAAGCGAGUACAUACUGCGAACGCGAUUAUUACGCUCUCUCUCGAAGGGCAAACCGGCCCAGUUCGAACCAUCAAAGAAGAACGGCGCCGUACGAUCGGCUAAUGUGCGCAAUGGCAGUGCUGUUGUCACGUAUACCUCGCAACUGAUGUUUCCCGUCAGUCACAUCGCCUGUUCCUUUGGUACGGAAACUACCAAUGAACGGCCGGUAUUCAUUCACGGCGCUGCGGAGCAGGGAAUUGCAUCGGCCAGUGACCCCGCGUCUGUCAAGGUUGGAACGUGGGGACUGUCCGACCAUCAGCUGUUUCGACACUUUGCGGAUCUUUACACUGGUGUUGCUGAAUACGGUCUUGGUCCUGGUGACAUUGUUGGUCUGCCUAAUCGUAUGGAUGUCAGUCAGCCAUACGGUAUGAUCUAUGGAGAGGGUUGCCCGCGGGGUCGCAGCUAUUUCAUCUCAUCAACUGAACUGCGUGGUCGCUUCUUGGGGCUUACAGUUUCAAAUCCGGAGCCGCAGUUGGGUGUCCCAGCACAGAAUCUGAUUACCUCGUCUGUUACCGCGGUUUGGAUCGCCAAGUCAUCCGAAGUCCUGAGAAUGACAAAGGGCUUGGUUGGAAUGCUGUCUGGCUCGUCUGCCGGUAUCCUGACGGCUUAUUCUUUGGGCCCUAACCCGCUGUAUGAGCCACGCUUCGAACGAGGUCAGCCAACCGCCAAAUGGGUCCUUUGUCCGGGCGUCCCCAUCAUUGCGAUCGCCGUCGAUGACAAGUUUUCGCAGCAACGCCAUGCAGGACGCCGAAUUUGGGCCGUCAUUCUUAAUGCACUAGGCGAGGUAUUUUACCUUACCGAUCUACCGCAGCAGCCAGAUGUCCCGCCCAAGGCUACCCCAGAGGAACUUGACCGUUUGGCUUGGAAAACAGGCAGGUCCGUCCGCUGGGAGCUUGCAGAGCUGAGUAGACGUGUUGCCAGGCCGGACCCAUACAACCAGGAGCUUGUCGAUGGUAGCUACAGUCCUCGAUCCUCGUCUGAUUCGAUGAAGCUGGACAAGAACCAAAUCGCUGCGGAGACGAAGGAAAUUGAAAAGUUCUUGGCAUUUAAACCAAAGCACUUCCGCAAGGUUUGCGAAGGCUGGGAUAUGAGGCGUGAAUUAAAGGUCGACUUUGCCGGUGACGAUGGGAACGGAGCAGGCGAGUCUGUCAUGAUCAUUGCAUGCGGCUUGGGCGAAGAUGAAAAGGCUUCGAUUCGCCGUUUCACAAGGAAGACUGUUGCCUCUUCCAUUCCUGAAGCCCGUACUAGCGCUGCCAGUACUCCGAUGUCGACAUCUAUCUUCGGUGGUCCUAUCAAGGAGCCUCUUCAACUUGAGCCUCAGAGCAUCCCGCCGUCCAGAUCAAGCCGUGUGAGUGAACCAGUCUGCACCGCCAAGAAUACCGAAUGGUAUAUCUCCGACUUCAACUUUGGCGAUCGCAAAUCAGUUCAAAUUACCACCAACACCUUGGAUGCAUCGACCUAUGCCUUGUUGACCAAGGAGGAGGAUCCGCUCUUGGCAAUGUCAGGCAGCUCGGUUUCCUCAACCAUGUCUUCUCCGUUGCCGCGUAUGACGCAACCGUCAUCAGGGACGGAGGUUCCUGGUCAACGAGCACGGUAUGUUGCCGUCGGUACAGCCACGGGACUGGUGUUUGUGUGGGAUAUACGAUCCCCGACCGCGCGAAACUCGGAGGUCAUCAACAACGUAACGCCUCUCCGGAUCAUCCAGACGGAUUCGCCGCAGAUCUCUUGUGUUGCCUUGACGUCGCUUUACUUGGUACACGGAGGAAAUGAUGGUCUUGUGCAAGCUUGGGAUCCUCUUGCGUCGUCUACAGGGCCCAUUCGCACCAUGAACUCUCGCUUCUCUUCGCGUGCCCGUCGUCGGCUCGUUCAGGCCGAGGCUUCCAUGCACGGAGUUGGCAACAACUUCUUUGCUGUGGGUGCAAUCUGCCUUGACCCAGACUCUACGGUUCUGAGAGGAAUGGUCGCCUUGGGAACGCAUCUACGCUAUUGGUCGUACAGUUCGUCUUCGGCGGAUCAGUACAAGACAAGUAAGCGUCGAUGGCGGCGUGGUCAGCGGGGUGACAAUGCUUCAGGCGAGGGUCAACGCUUCAGCAACAGCGGCCGUGGAGCGGUGUGGGAUUAUAUCGAGGACGAAAAGGUGGAACUGGAACGACAAAAGGUGGCUGAUCAGAAGGAACGGAAGCAUCUCAACAACCGCUUUGGUGUUGAGUUGCUGGGUCCAGAUGCCAGCGAGGAAGAAAUUAUCGCCUACGCGCAGCUGCUGAGCCAAGAAUCUAUGACCGAUGAUGCCGCGAAGCGGGGUGAAAGUCUCGAAACUUCGAACAUCAGUACUUCGCCUAGUACCCCUGGGCUCAAUGACGUGUCCAAUGAACCAUCUUCGUCUUCGUCUCCAUUCCAAACAAGCGUUGAAGACGUGGAUGAUCCGGAAAUUGCUGAAGCCAUCCGCUUGAGCUUGCUCGAGGAGCAGGCGUCCUCAUUUGGUACGGAUCCGUUCACUACGAGAGCCUCACAAUCCAGCCAAAGUGACUAUUCACCUGAACCGGGAGCGGCGGAAAGCAGUAACCAGCAAGAGGUUGACGAUCUCGAGUUUGCGCUGCAGCUGAGUCUUGUGGAGAACAAUGCUCCUGAAACGGCGGAGGAGUGGGAGGAGUUCCCUGCGCUUAGUACGCAGUCUCCUAGCAAGGACAAGGGGAAGGGAAAGGCUUUGUGA